AUGACAUUGUACAAUGCAUACAAAAAGCGGAAAAAGAACAUUGAUGUUGACCUAGAAGAAUAUAACAAAAUGAAAGAAGCAGAUGCAGAGUUCUAUCGAGAAGCUUCAAGCCUCAAAUAUGGAAAGGCACCUAAGAUUUCAGAAGAUAAGAUUGAGAAGAUGGUGAAGGAACUUAAGAACUGGGAAGAAAAGCGCCAUUCGUUUAGCCGGAGGAGGAAGUUUCAUGAAGAGAAGGAUAUUGAUUCAAUCAAUGAUCGAAAUGAGCAUUUCAACAAGAAGAUUGGGAGGGCCUUUGGAAAAUACAUACUGGAAAUAAAAAAUAAUCUUGAACGAGGAACUGCAUUGCCUGACUAAGGUAUAUUGGUCAUUGCUAUGCUUUGUUUGAAUGCUUUUGUGUAAUUGAGCAAGCAGUAAAUGCUUAAGCCCGGCUUCCUUGCCUUCAUAAAUCUAUUGGCCAUCUGAUUUAGUUUCAGAGAUACUCAACUUGGCUAUCUGGUUUGACUGGAUUAUAGUGAAUCUGAUGCUGAUACAAGAACACCUGGCAAUGUAUUUCAUGCUCAUCUUUUGGGUAAUCUAUUAUUGCUUCAUUUUUGGCUGAAGCAUGACGUGGACUAGUCCAGAA